AUGCCGCCCCUCCCUACCUAUGGCAAGACGCCAGUCGUCCUCCUCACGAACGACGACGGCCCACCGUCAGACCACUCACCCCACAUCUACACGUUCGCCAAGCACCUGCGGGACACGCUGGGUUGGGACGUGAGGGUGGUUGUCCCCGACUCGCAAAAGUCUUGGGUGGGCAAGGGCUACCAGAUCCAGAACAUCAUCUGCGCCAACUACUUCUAUCCUCUGGAACCUGAUGGACUCACCGGCGAGGUCACCCCGAUCCGUCGGCCGCUCAAGGAGGGUGAGACGAUGGAAUGGGUGCUUCUCAGCGGAACACCAGCGUCGUGUUCCAACAUUGCUCUGCACAACCUCUAUCCGGGCGAGAUUGACCUCGUGAUUUCGGGACCCAACCACGGUCGUAACUCGUCGACCGCAUUCGCCCUGUCGUCCGGUACCAUUGGUGCGGCCCUGGGCGGUGCCCUCUCCGUUCCCCUCGAAGGUCCACCAGGCCACCCCUCCCUGCACACACACAACAUGCCCAGCAUUGCUGUGUCGUAUGGUGUCGUCUCGCGGCCUGUGGCCCCCCGCGCCAUUGAGCUCGCCCACGAUGUGGCGAUCGACGUCUGCCAGCGCUUGUUCGACGACUGGGGCUACGAGGACGGCGAACGGAAACAGCCGGUGCAGGUGUACAGCGUCAACGUGCCACUGGUCGAGGCAUCGUUGGAGAAGGAUGUGCGCAGAGUGUGCUUCACCACGCUCUGGCGCAAUACCUACGGCGCCCUUUUCGCCCCUACAAGGUUGAGGGAUGGCAGCUGGAACCCGAGCGACAACGUCAAGCAGGCGGCGGCCGACGACGACGAGUCCGAGCUCGAGGACGACGGCCAGCUGCGGUUUUCGUUUGCCCCCAACCUUCACCCUGUACUGUUCCCCGACAUCGACACCAUCCCAGAAGGCACAGACGCAUGGGCGUUCUACCAUGGCUUCACCAGCGUGACCCCCAUCCGGGCCGAGUAUGCUGGCCUUGGUGACAGUGGCAGUGGAUUCGGCAGUGGUACCCCCGGAGACUCGUUCUGGUAA